AUGGGCCCCUGUACCGCCUCCCCAUGCUGCUGCCAGGCUGUAAUCUGCCAUGGGCCCCCCGUACCGACUCCUCAUGCUGCUUGCCAGGCCCCGUAAUCUGCCAUGGGCCCCUGUACCCGCCUCCUCAUGCUGCUGCCAGGUCCAGAGUGUGUCAUGGGUCCCUGUACGGCCUCCCAUUGCUGCUCGUCUCUAUCGCCACACUCUGCCAUGUGCCACUUUCAGGUCUCCUCACAACUGCUGGUGUUUCCAUUUUUGUCAUAGGGUGCUGUAUGGCCUCCCAUUGCUGCUGCCUCCACCGCCACACUGUGGCUCCACACUCUGGAUUUUGGCCCCGUGACUGGCCAAAUGAGUGAAGUGUGCGGUGAUUCUAAGAUCGACGGCACUCCAUCUGCAUGUCAUACUGCCUGACAGUAUUAUUUCUCUUCCCCAGCAGACUCCAAGGGCAUUUAAAUUAAAGGUACAGUGUUCAGCACUAAUAUUA